UUGACCUUUGAAAGCAAAACAGCAGGUGGAGAGCUAAAACCAGGCGGCUCGGGACACAUCGGGAAGAAGUUCAAUAGAGGAAAUAUUAAAACAUACUCUCUCCUAAGUUGACCAGGGACUGCAGGUGUAACGAUGAGGUCCAACGCCGGCCGUGUGGCCGCCGUUUGAGUGUGGCAGAGUACAGGAGAGCACUGUUGGCUUGUGAGGAAGUAGCGAAGGUGAGACAUUAGACUAAUGGAGGGAGAAGACAGGGCAGCCAGGGCAAGGCCCAGCCUUUUGACGGCCCUUCAGGAGCAGCUGAUCUCGGCCCUGCUGGAAUCUGGACUGUCCCGUGACAUCUUGGUCCAAGCCAUGGGGGAACUAGAGCAAAACAGGACAGGUGUUGGUGCAGAGAGGGGAGAGAGGGGAGAUGGAGAGAGCUCCGAAGAGGGAGAAAUGGACUUCCCCCCGCCUAUAUUCCGAGAUUUGGAGAGGCUUUCUCCGGAGAAGGCGUCCAAGCUGAAGGCUGAAGUCGACCGCUUAUUGCAGGAGGACCCCUGGCAGGUUGCAAAGAUAGUGAAAACCUACAUGCAGCAGCACAACCUACCUCAGAGAGAAGUGGUGGAGUCCACGGGACUGAACCAGUCCCACCUCUCCCAGCACCUCAACAAAGGUACACCCAUGAAGAACCAGAAGCGAGCUGCUCUGUACAGCUGGUACGUCAAGAGGCAGUACGAGAUCAGCCAGCAAUUUACCAACGCCAAACACGGCCUUACAACUAUGGAGGAGCAAGCGGACGAGGCCAAGAAAGGACGGAGGAACAGGUUCAAAUGGGGUCCAGCGUCCCUGCAGAUCCUCUUCCAGGCCUACGACCGACAGAAGAACCCCAGCAAGGAGGAACGAGAGGGGCUGGUGGAGGAGUGCAACAGGGCAGAGUGUCUUCAGCGGGGGGUGUCUCCUUCCCAGCUCGCCGGACUGGGUUCCAAUCUGGUCACUGAAGUCCGAGUGUACAACUGGUUUGCCAACCGCCGUAAAGAGGAGGCCUUCCGCCACAAGCUAGCCCUAGACACACCUUUCACCACCCAGUUGGUCUCCUCCUCUAACGCUACCCUUCCACCGAGUCCUGAGCCUGGUGUGAAAUACAUCCAGCAGAUCUCAUGUGACACCGUCAUCUCAUGUAGAAGUAGCGCUGGGGAGAGAGUGGGGCGUGUCUUGGCCAGUCCUGUCCAACUGGAGCCCAGUCACACACUCCUUGAGACCCAUAACCCCAAGCUGGUGAGAGUAUCUGAUCAUAACUUCAUUCCUUCACGAGGCUGCCAUCCAAAUCCUGAUCUCCGUUGGUUGCAGGUGUCCAGCAGCGGCCCACUGCCCCCAGUAAGCACUCUGACCUCUCUACACAGUCUGUCUGCCACCCCGGCAUCUUCUCAGAGCCUCAUCAUGGCCUCCAUGCCCAGCGUCAUGAGCCUGGGAGAGUCUUCUCUUCUCAUUGGUUUGACCUCCGCGCAGCCGCAGAGCGUGCCCGUCAUUAACAACAUGGGAGGCGGCUUCACAACUCUGCAGCCAAUCUCGUUCCAGCAGCAGCUUCACGCCUCGCACCAGCAGCCGCUAUCACAGCACCUUCAGAGUCACAUGACUUCCAAUCCGUUCAUGGCAACCAUGGCGCAGCUGCCGUGUCACAUGUACAACAAGUCGGAGUCUCCUCAGUAUCACUCAUCCAGUCUGCUGUCUCAGGCCAUGGUGAUCGCCGACAGCAGCCUGGGGACGCUGACCAGCCUGGCUGCAGUCAGACAGAUUCUCACAGCUGAUCCCGAGGAACAGACAGACCCGCCUUUACAGGAAGACGCUUUACACAUGCAGCCACACACGCCUGGGCCAGCUUCCUCCGAGACCCUGGAGCUCUAUCCCUCCUCUCAGAUGACAGAACGUCAUCAGGUUCAUCUCCUCUCACCUUCACCGGCAGACAUCAGCUCCUACAUGCCGACACAACUGGUGUCCACAGCGCAGUGAACCCCCCGGGAGUGCCAGGGUGUUUGGGACAGACGGCUCAGAAAAACACCGGAGACACAGGGACCACACAUUACAGGACUGUCUCAGAAAAUUAGAAUAUUGUGAUAAAGUUCUUUAUUUUCUGUAAUGCAAUUAAAAAAACAAAAAUGUCAUACAU